CCCACAAUUAACCCUCCUUUGUCAUUCCAUAUUUUCAUGUUACCAUCCUUCCAUCCUUCACUGUGUCUUUAUGUGGAUGGUCCUUCAGAUCAAGAUGCCCAGGAGGAAGAAGAAGAGCGCCCCAAGCCCAAACCCAUGGUGCCACAACUUGCUCCCCCAAAGAUUCCUGAAGGAGAGAGGGUGGAUUUUGAUGACAUCCACAGAAAACGUAUGGAGAAAGACUUACUGGAGCUACACACUCUGAUCGAUGUACACUUUGAGCAGAGGAAGAAGGACGAGGAAGAACUCAUUGCUCUUAAGGAACGAAUUGAGCGCCGUCGUGCAGAGAGAGCUGAGAUCCAGAGGGUUAGAGCAGAAAAGGAGAAGGACAGACAGAACAGAAUUGCGGAAGAGCGUCACAGAAAAGAAGAAGAGGAGGCCAAGAGAAAAGCUGAUGAUGAUGCAAAAAAGAAAAAAGUGCUGUCUGGAAUGGGGGCGAACUUUGGAGGCUUCCUGGCCAAGGCAGAGUCGAGGAAAGGGAAGCGCCUGACAGGCAGAGAGAUCAAGAAGAGAACUCUGGCUGAUAGACGGGAGCCACUAGCCACCGACAAUCUGAGAGAGGACGGGCUAAAGCAACGGGCCCAAGAAAUGUGGAACUGGAUCUACCAGCUGGAAUCUGAGAAGUUUGAUUUCAUGGAGUGCAUGAAACACCAGAAAUAUGAGAUCAUUGUGCUGCUGAACAGAAUCCAACAUGCCCAAAAAUUCAAAAAAGGUCACGGCAAAGGAAAGGUUGGCGGUCGCUGGAAGUAAAUCCGGGAAAUACCAAAAAGGAAAACCACAGGACAGAUGACAGGGGAGAAAAAAAUGAAGUCACUGUGGGAAUUAAGCAUUUGUUCUCCAUGCUUCUCUAGUAUCAGAGCCUUUCUGCUUUCAUUUUAAGAAUGUGGUAGAUAUUAUAUCUCACUGCAAAUUGAUAAUAAAAU